AUGUUGGACGAUGUCGUGGAAUACUCGAACCAAUACAGUGCUCAGAAGAGUGGACAUGUCGCAAAUCUAUCACGGAAAGAGCUAGAGCAAGUGAUUGGAAUGUUCUACCGUAUGAGCCUCCUUCAGAUGGCUGGAGUUCGAGCUUACUGGGAGAACGAGACCAAUCAUGAACCAGUCAGUGGUGUCAUGAGUCGAAAUCGAUUCCAGUACUUGCUGACUGUACUUCACUUUGUCGAUAAUUUGGCAAUGACCGAUGAAGACAAGAAGGCUGACAAGCUAUGGAAAAUCCGUCCAUGGCUAAAUAUGAUGCGAGAAAACUGCUUGAAAGUAGUAGCGCACGAGCACAACUCCAUCGACGAGAUGAUGGUACAAUACAAAGGCAAGACGGCCAGCAUCAGGCAGUAUGUUGCAAACAAGCCUCAUCCCUGGGGAUUCAAGAUCUGGAUAUUCGCGGACAACCUAUUCACUGGUGUUCCCCUCCUUGUAAAAAUCAAGGAACUGGGAAUGCACUAUGUUGGCACAGUUUGCAAGAAUAGAAUCUCUGGCUGCAGGCAUGAAGAUGAAAAGAAGCUGCGCAAGGAGGGAAAGGGAGCAUAUGACCAUUGCGUUGAAGACAGCCACAACAUCAUAGCAGUAAGGUGGCUUGACAACAAAGCUGUAACUCUCCUGUCGACGUACACAGGUAUUGAGCCGACUGACACCGUUCGGCGAUGGGACUCUGCCGUAAAAGACCACCGGGAAGUUGAACGCCCAGCCAUCAUCAAGGCGUAUAAUAAAUUCAUGGGCGGCAUUGACUUGAUGGACAGCUACCUGUUUUGGCACACCCUCAUGAUGGCCAUCGUGAAUGCGUGGUUGGUGUACCGCUGUGAGUACAAACUACUUCAACUGCAAGAGAGGUCAAUGAUGAAGCGCCAGGUGUUUCAGUCUCAUGUUGCCUCUGCGCUAGUGGGGAGGAUGGUUGCCAGACCUCGUGGAAGACCAUCACUAGAAGAUGUCCGUGAUGUCAUCGUGAAACCUCAGCCCGGAAAAGUGCGCAAGGGACCCGUGGAUGAUGUCAGGAAAGAUGCAUAUGCCCACUGGCCAGUGAAAGUGCAGAAGCGGGGCAGAUGUAAACUUUGCGCAGUGAACAAUACUAACACCUUGUGUGAAAAAUGCAACGUGAGACUCUGCUUUGUUGAGGAACGUAACUGCUUCAAGUCUUACUAUGUGUAGUGCCUGUUACUGGUAUUCAUAUCAGUGAUCCAGCAGUGUAAAGCCAAGAUGGUUUAGGAUAAAAAUUUACAUGUUCGGGUAUUGAUACUUUGGGGUCGGGGGUCACUUCAACAAACAAAAGUUUAGAGAACAUUGAAAAUGCUGUCGAUAAAUUGUUCAUUGGUUUAUCCUAAGGGGAAAUUGUCAUUCAUUAGGUUGUUUUCAAAUUUCUACUUUGAUUUUUCCCAGGAAAAUUACACCCAAAUUUUGACCACUGAAAAAAAAUACAUGUAUAGGCGGGGAGGGGGGUGCACACGACUCCCCCCCCAGAUUUGACCAAGAAGUUGACUAUGUACCAUUAAUUAACAAAAUGGAUAAAGAUUCCUAAAUAUUUACUUGUACAUGUACCUGAUUGCGGUAUGUAUUGUGAUCCAUAUCCACUCAGUUGCAAAUAAUAAGGUAUAUGUAUGACCCAAUGUUAUUGUAUGUGUCACAUUCCGAAAAACACCCUGGGGAGACGAAAUGUUUGAAAAUA